UUCAUUUUCCUCAUCCUGGCUUUACAUUUUACUUUUAUGAUUAUUAUCUGAAAUAUUUUAGCAUCCCUCAGCAUGUUUCAAGUAUAAUUAAUGUAUCAGGCGACUAAUCGCUAUCAGGAAGUAGGAAACAGGAAGUAUUCCGUGAUUGCAUAUACGUUUGACCGUGGUUUCAUUUCGUUUGAUUUCAAGCGCAUUCAAAUGAGUGGUAGAAAGAUAUGCAAUUAAGUCAGGUAAUGAGACUAAGGAAUGGAAAUAAAGCAGCGCGGUGUCCGGGUUAGCAUAGGAUGGAAAUCCUGUAUUACGUAAGAGUUUCAUCAAGCAUAUACGGUGUUUGCAGGAAUAGAGAAAUGUAACCCGAUAGUGAAGGUGUCGAAUAGAAUUUCGCGUGAUAGUGGGGUUGCUUGUCCCUUGUAGAACAGUAUAUAAAGUGACUACGCUAAGAAUUUCUCUUGAGUUGGUCUUUUAUUCAACACGUACUCGUAUACACUGAGCAAGGGGACAUGGAAAAAAUCAUUGUAAUUUUAACGAUCGUUUCCUCCUGUUGCGCCGGGGAAUUAGGAUUUGGCGAUCAUGGAUUAAGUUUGGGGGAAAUUGCCGUGGGUCACGGCGAAGAAGAAAUUGGUCUAGGUUUAGGUGAAUUAGGUGGAUCAGAGCACGAGAUCAGUCUAGGAGGUCACGGAGAAGGUGGACACUUCGUACCAUCUGUGAAAACAAUUGGAAUACCAGUCCCUAAGAAGGUUCCUUUGCUGAUACCUCACCUGCAGGUUCAACAUAUUCCACAGAGUUAUCCAGUUCCAGUGUUCGUACAAAAACCUGUUCCAUAUCCGGUGGAGAAGCAAGUAUUUUCGAAGGUGGAGAAGAAAGUACCCACGCCCGUCGAAAAAAUCAUUCCAGUGAAAAUUGAGAAGCCCGUUCCAUUCACUAUAGUGAAGCAUAUUCCUGUUCCAGUGGCGAAGCCUAUUCCAAUUAAGAUUCCAAUUUACAAAACAGUAGUGCACAGCUCCAAGAGCCAUUAAGCCUGUGAAAUUGGCGUUGUUGAUUGUUCUUGUUUUAAUCGUUGCGGCAGAAGUGCGUCGUUGAAAUUACAGUUUCUACGUGUUUUAUAUUUAUAUUGUUUUGUUAUACAUCGUACUUAAUAGUUUCGUGCGUUAAAAUUAUUUAUUAAUAAAUGUAAUUAUAUUAAUUACAAAUGCAUCGUCCACACUUAUUUACACCUGUUAAACAGCAAAGCUAGUUCUCGUUUUUUAAAUUAUUUAUUCCAUUGUUCAACUUAUUUUAUUAGCUAAGCUAUUUUAUUCUACUCUUCAAUGUUGUCAAUUAAAUUGUAUAAGAAUCAUAUUGAAUCGUCUAGGCUGUUCUUUUCGUCUAUAAGAACAGAUGCAGAAAGAUUUACGUGGUAUUACGUUAACGGAAUGUUACAAUUAUUGGUCUGCGUUUCACAAUGGAGAUGGAAGGCACGGAGGAGAAAGGAGAAUGUGGUACGAUCGAGGCAUUCGUAG